UCAUUAUGCUCACAACAUUAAAUUUCACUUUCUGUUCUGCAGCCGAAUGCUUCCCUGUAAAAACACAUUUCUUUGUGUAUAUUCAAGCAAAUAAUUUGACCGAAAAUGUCUGGAAUUUGGAGUCUUGUCGACCAUAGUUAGGGACUGGGGCCUGAGAAACUUACUGAUACUUUUUAGAACUUGGUAAUCAAACUGAUAAAAGAUAAUCGUACGACGACGAGGACACUUCCUGGUUUGUAGUGAUUUCGUCACUCAGUAUGGAUUUGCUAAGCGAGCAGGGAGAUUCCCCGGAGAGAAUGGUCAUGCAUUCUGCAAUGAAGAAUGGAACUGGACUAUUGGAAAGUCACUUUAAAAGAAAUAAACAAAGUGACGAAAUAAUGAGUGCAGAUAGACUAACUAUACCUCAGCAAACUGAUGAUCUACACUUCACGCAGGCUGAGGAUUGCAUGGGUGCGAUGCAAGUGGAAAGCGAGAGGAAUGGAGACAAGUCUAUGUAUCCCAUCACUACAGAGACGACUAUUGACAUUACAGCUGCAUUGCUGCCAUCUGGUGGAAAUUCUAGUCAUCACCAUGCCAGGAGAACAAUAGUCAGUGAAACUCAGCCUCCUCAGCCAAAAAUACAGGCUUCUUCACCAAAAUUUGAAGAUGAGAAGACUGGUUCCUCCCAGUCAAGACGCUCAAACUCUUCUGUUUUUUCUUUUGAUGGUGAUACAAAAUCCAGGAAGGAGUUUGCUAAAUUGACAGGUAAACCAGACAGCAAGGGAUCUUCUUCGGUAUCCGUAAUUGACAUCAACCAAUACUUAAUCAAAGCUAAUGGUGAAAGAAAGAGUGUCAGGAACCAGACUGUUACAUUCGAAGAUGUCAAAAAUGAGACAGAAGAACAAGAUGACCUGUAUAAUUUCAAAUCUAGUCAUCGUGAGAUAGAUGACAAUUGUGAGAUUGUCCAGCAAAAAGAAAAUUCUGAGGAUUCAAUAAUAAAUGAGGAGAUCAGCUCAACAGUCAAACCAGUGUAUACAAUGAAUGAAAUGGAAGGAGGACAUUGUGGAACUGAACCAGCAGUGUUCAACACAGAAGAAACGUCUCUGUAUAUGUUUAUGGAAACUUAUGGAAGCCACAAUUUGCCUUUGCAAGUAUAUAAGGAGGAAACAUGUGAUACAUCCAUGCAAAUCGACAUGGAGAAGCUGGUGGUGAAAAUCCAUAGUGAAGAACCAUAUCAAGCUACAAUAAGCUGUGAAGCAUCAGAUAAGAUUAUUGAUGAUCAGAUACUUAAAGAAGAUGAAACUUUGACAACUUGUGUGCAACAGCACACUUUUGAGCAGAUCGUGGAGGAUGAAAUACCAUUUCAGAAUAGACAGGAAUCUAUUCAACCACCUAAACAAAACUUGGAUCAUGCUUUCAAGGGUACAAUGCAAAUAGAUCACCGUAAUCCAUCUAAAAAGUACUCCUUAGAUCAUGGCAAUGAGGAUUUACCAAAUGUUGGAGAUUCAAAGUUACCUCUAACAUCAGCAGAUAACUCUGAAGACAGCCACCCUCACAUUCAAGUUAUAGAGGAACUAAGUGAAGCAGCUCCACAAAAAGAGAGACAGAAUCCAAUUAAAAGUUUUGUACAAACUGAAAAAAAAGAAAAUGCCAUUAAUUAUGAGACAGUUGAAGUUUCUGAUGUGGAGUCACUUGAAACAUCUAUGCAAUGCCAAACGUUGGUUCAUGAGACCCAAUGUGGCCACCAUAUGUCUAAUAAAAUGGAAAAGUGUUGUGAACAAGCUGAACCAUAUAAUAGCAUUGACCAUUGUGAAGAAAAUACAUAUUUUUCUUUUAAAGAUACUGGACAACAGACACCAUUGCAGACUUACAAUUUAACUUUCACUUUGGAAACUGUAAGGUAUGAAGAUGCGGAGACUAAUAAGUCUGAAUUAUCACCAGAAAAAGGAAACAAACCAGGCACCGAUACUAAGAACUCAGAACCCAGAAAUACAGAUAACAUGGAAUUACCUAAAAAUGAAGUCACUGCUAUGAUUGGCGAAGACGUGGAGUCUACCCAAUUUGAUGACAAUGCAGUGCUUCAAUGUGAAGAGAGAAAUGUUCAGGAACGAAGCAGAACACAUGGGCCACCAAGCCAAUGUGUGUCUUUCACUCUGUUAGACAAACCAUCUGUGCAAGAUGAGUAUGGCAACAGGAUCAAAGAAAAUGGUGAUUCUGUAUUAGAUGAACAGAGAAGAAUUUUCCUGGAUUCAUGUGGACGUGGUUUAAUCCUCUUAGACUCUGGGAUUGCCUUAUCUAAGAAGAAAGAGGAGAUAGACGGAGACUUUGCUUUGGUUACUAUGAGAAAUGGUUUCAAGCUUGGCAUGAAAAAUUCAGCUUCAAGUCUUUUCCUCUAUUAUCAUCAUGGAAUCCAUUUUUACGUCACAGAGUUAUUUGGUGAAGGCUGGUUUUAUGCAAAAGACAGGAUAACUCAAGCCAAUAUGAUUGUAAAAAAGGUUCCGGUUACCAUUGAUUGGAUGAAAAUACAGCAAAAUUUCCUGACCAUCCCUAAUUACUGUGGGCUCCUUGUCCCAUACGCUGUAAUCUAUGAUAGAAAUGGAUUCAUUUACUUCCUUAUGGAACACAAAAACGUUCUAGCGGUUGGCAGACCACCUGUGGAUUGUCAUUUUAGUAAGGUAGAACUGCUGAGUGAUGUCCUAACCUACCUGAAAUUCUGCUGGUGUUACAACCUAAUUCCAGAAAACAUUGAAGAGAGCAUGUUACACACAGAGGAGGGAGUUUUCUUUGAUCCUAGCGGGCUCUCGAAUUCUGAAGAUCCAUGUAUCUUUAAGAAGCAUAUAAAAGAGAUGCUCGGGCUGCUCCUGUGCGGUGAUGACCAGGAACAAUGUUAUCUCGAAGCAUUGGCUGAGGAAGCAUUUAAGUGCCUAGAGGAAAAUGCUGUGGAUUCCAUUGAUCGUUGGCUAGCAAGAUUCUUCUGUUUCUAAUAAUCUGUUGUAGACGGGUAUUACGGUUUAACAACAAAUAUACUUUUUAUUUUUUUUCCACAAUAGCAAAAUCCCAAAUCGUUAUCGCGCACCCGCGCUCUCAUGACUGGUACUGUAUCUAUUUCCUGAAUGGUGAACUGAGAUUCAUGAGAAAUCCUUCUUAGGGAUUUUUAACGUGGUGUUCUCCAGUGCACGUACGUUAGCCAUCAUUGGGAUACGUCAAAACGAAAUAAAGAAUUAAUUCGCUAAAAUCAGAAUUGUCUGGAAUUCAAAGUGAAUUUCAAAUGAAGGUCAAAAAAAGCUGAACAGGGAGCAUAGGUAUUGGAGAUUGACUAGUUUGAUCCUUUUGGUUUAUUUUAAAUUCCCGACAUUCUGAAUUUAGUAAAUAAGUCUGUAAAACUUGCAAACUCGUGCAUCAAGACCCUCAAUUAUCUAGUUCUUAAAUUCUACAGAAGGCUACCAACCUACCUGAGCAGGCUCCAUCUUCUACAGUAGAUCCUCUGUCUCCCCGUUUCAAAAGUCCAUCUCCUAAUUUUCCUAAAAAAAGAAGUGGGUUGACCAGUGGUCACAGACAGAGUUCCACAACCAUGCAAUAACCGUCAGGAAUUAUGAACUCUGUCACCAGCUUCUUGUCCCUUAAAACAUCUGCCUCGUUGUAUCCUCAAUCAAAAAGCUGAUACAGUACCUGUAUUAGGGUCUUGAUAAAGGUAUAUCACUGUGGAACGUAUCUAAAGCAGGACAAAUCACAAUAUAUUUUUCUAACCAUCUUCUAAGUGUAUAGUCUGUUUAAGCAGCAGUGUCCAAUGUUGGCAGAUCUGGCUUUUAUAUUCGUCGUGCCUCUUCUUCCUAUUAUUCCACUUGGUAUCAUUCAACGUUUUAACAAGAACGCUCCUUUAAAAUAAAUCCAAAGAAGGAAGAAGAUUAUAAAAAGAUGACUUAUCUUGCCAUUGGAGUCAGCCAUUUUUUCAGAAAGGUGA